AUGGCCAACUUAAAGACGUACCGGCAGCAGGAGGGGUUUCACGAUCGGAAGUCUGCCGUUCCGUCGACGGACGUUCCCCCGUUGGAGGACCCUCUUGCGGGUUAUAUAUUCGUGUGCAACAAUGAAACCAUGGAGGAUGACAUUAAACGCGAGCUUUUCGGCUUACCGCAGAAGUAUCACGAGUCGGUUCGGGGGAUUCAACCGGGAAUGCCGCUGUUUCUCUACAACUACACCACUCACCAUUUACACGGCGUCUUCGAGGCAUCAAGCGAAGGUGGCCUAAACCUAGACCCGUCGUUAUCGAAAUUUCCAUCACAAGUUAGGGUUCGUCUGCGGGAGCAACGGUCACCGCUGGACGAGACCAAGUUCCGUCGGUUCCUGUAUCACUACGACGGGCCCAAGUUCCGCCUCGAGCUCUCUUUGACCGAGGCCAACAACUUGCUGAGAGUCUUUGGGUUGCUGGAAGGGGAAGAAGGCAAGGGGGAGAAGAAGCAGCAGGGGGACGAGGAGGGCGGGCAGUGGGAGAAGGUCAAACCCAAGGGCAGGGGUAUGCGCGGCGGUUAUUCUGGCGGCGGUGGGGGGCAUUUCCGCGGGAAGAAGCACGGGCACCCGCAUCAGGGGGCGCAUUGGCGCUCCGCGCAGAACCAAGGGGGCAAUGGCGUGGGGCAUGCUGGGGGGGGCGGAGGGGGAGCAGGAGGGGUGGGCGCAGGGCGAGGGGGUGGCGGCGGCGCAGCAGGGGCAGCAGCAGUUCCGCCGCCGCCGCCCGCGCCUCCCGCAGCUGGCGGAAAGGACAGCGGAGGCCGCGCGGAUUCCGCAGGGCGGUGGCGGCAGGGGGAGGCGGACGGCUGCAGCAAGUCGUCUGGAAGCGGAAGUAGCGGGAGCGGACUGGUUUCCCCCGAUUUGAGCACCACGGGGGGAAGCAGCAGCGAGGAGCGGUCGUCCGCGGGCGGGGGGGAGCACGAGGCGGAGUGUAACGGUAACGGGGUUCUCCAUACGGAGGAUAGGCGGAGCGAAGAGUCCUCCUCUUCCGAGCAAGGGGCGGAGGGGGAAAAAGCGGGGGAGGCAGACGCGGAGAGGGCGGGGAGAGGCGGGAGUCCGGGGAAGGCUGCGGGGGAGGGGGGCGCAGGUGGGGCGGGAGGUGGGGGGAGUGUGUGGUCGGUGCGUAGCGCCAAUGUGUCAUUUGCUGCGGUUUUACUGGGGAAGGCGGAGGAAGGCGCGGCUGCUGGGGGAAGUCCUGAAGGCGCGGAGGGCGCAGCGGGAGUGCCCUCAGAGGGAGGCGCGGGAGAGACUGGCGGAGGGGCGGGGGGAGUGGCAGGCGGAGCAGGCGCAGCAGGGGUGGCGGAGGCGAGCAAGGAAGAACCCCGCUCGGACUCAGCUAGCGCUUCUGCUAGCACUGACGUACCGGCUUCUGUGGCAGGAGCAACAGUACCAGCGCCAGGGGAAACCCGCUCAAGUAGCCCUCCAAAAGAGGGUAAACCAGCGGCUAAAGCCCCGAGUGCGAGCGGGGAGAAGGCUGGUGACGAGGAGGAGGAGGGGUGGAUUAAAGUGUCUAGCGGACCCAAGGAGAAGGCGCAAGGGAGGGGCGGAGCAGGGGGGGCGGCGGGAGCUGCUGCGGGGGCGGGCGGAAGGGGGGGGCGGAGGGCGAGUGGGGAGGAGAAAUCCGCGGGUGUGUGGGUGAAGAGGGGGGCGCCGGCUGCAGGAGGGGGCAAGGAAGGUAAGGGCGGGGGAAAGAAGGGGGCGGGCAAAGGGGCGGAUAGGACCGCAGGGGGUGCAACUAUUGCUGGUGUGGGGGCUGCUGCUGGUGCAACGGGUGGUGCUGCAGGCAGUGCUGCUUCUACCACAGCUGUAGCGGCACGCUCUGGUGGGGAGGACGGGCAGGCAGCAGGUGCCUCUGCCGGCGCUGGCGCUGCUACAGCCGCGAGCGACGCAGCUGCUGCUGCUACAGCCGCGGAUGGGAAACCGCUGGCAGCGGCACCACAGCCGGCGAGGUCCCGGCGCCCGGCGUGGCAGGGGAACGACGCGGCGAUACUGAAGCGUCUGGGCGACAGCGGGGCGGGGCAGGGAAGCACAGGCCAGGCAGGCGGUGGCGCUGGGUCUGCUGAAGGGAGAAGCCAGAAGCACCAGGGGUCGCAGUCGCAGUCUCAUGGCGCCAGUGGGAAGCAGGACGGGCAGAGACAGCAGCAGGGGCAGCAGGGUAGGGGGGGAAAGCAGGCAGGGAAGCCUGGAGAGCAGGCUGGUGCUGGGGAGAAGGGGAAGGACGGGAGGAAGGUUGAGAGUGGCAAGACAGGGGAUAAGGAAGAGGGGGUGGAGAAGGAAGGAGGGUGUGAGAAACCCGGGGAGGGUGGGACGGGGGGGCCGAAGGGGAAGACCCAGGGGGGUGAGAGUGAGGGUGGUGCUAAGAAGAGCAGUGGUGGUGGAGGGGGAGGAGGAGGAGCGGGGUCUAAAGUUUCUGCUAGGGCGGUGCCGAUCGCAGGGUUCCCGGCGUUCCCGGUGCCACCAGCUGCGCUGCUGCAAAACGCGGCGGCGCUGCAUGGGGAGGUGCUGGCGUAUGCAGAGGAGGUGCGGCCGCCCAGGGAGGCGCGGGUCAGCGCGGAGCAGGCAGUGGCGUGUGUGAGGAGGACGGUCAGAUCGCUGUGGGAAGGAGCCGAUGUUGAGGUGUUUGGUUCAUUCGCCACUGGCCUUGCCCUCGCUCACAGCGAUGUUGACGUGGCAGUGAUUAACGCACCUCCUCCACCCGCUGACCUACCAGAGCUCGCGACCCUGUCAGGUGCGCGCAUCAGUGCACCGCUCAUCAGGCAGCUGGCAGCUGCACUGAAGAAGCAGCCGUGGUGCGAGAGCCUGCACACCAUUGAAACCGCCCGCAUCCCCGUCAUCAAACUUAAGUGCCGCCCGCUGCCGCCCGCUUCCGCCGAAGGAGCAGAGGAAGAGAAGGAGAAGGCCCCAUCGACUCCUGAGCGGGGCGCUGGGUCUUCAGGCUCUUCUGGUUCCACAGAGGGGAGCGGUGGCGCGUCGGUGGUGGGAGAGAGCGAAGCAGGAGAGGCAAACGGCACAGCGGCGGCAGCAGCAGGUUCGGCAGCCACGGCGCUGAAGCCGUCUGCUUCGGCGUCGGACCUGGUGGGGCCGAGCGUGCAGGGAGUGGUUCGGAUGGACAUAACGUUCUCCCUGUCGCGGCCCAAGGCCAUGGAGGUGUCUGAUGCUGCCAGCAGGGUGCUGGCGGGGAAGCUGGACGAGGCUGCUGCGGCUCACAACGGAUCAGCGGCCAGGGAGCUGGUUAUUGAGCGGCUCAAGAAGAUGCCCGCCCUCGCCCCCCUGGUGCUGCUGAUGAAGUCCUACCUGCACCACCGGGGUCUCAAGGAUGUCUACACUGGCGGGCUCGGGUCCUUCUCCCUCACCAUGAUGCUCGUCUUUUACCUGGAGAGAGCCCCUGUCGCAUGUGGCAUGUUUCACCCUCCUGCUGCUGCUCCUGCUGAGGCAGCAGCCAAGUCACCAGGAUCCAAGUUUGCAGAUUCUAAG